CUUUUUUGGCAUACUACUUGACAUUGACAAUCAAACAUUUAUACUAUUUUACGCUUAUGUUGACACAUCGCAAAAAUUGGUGUCGCGUCUGCGGCUCAUGUCUGACAUGUCCCCGAACAAAUCGGUCUCAGUUUCAGCAAGGCGGUUGCCACUGCGAAGAGCGCCAAGUUAACCAUGUUUCUCCCAAAAAGGCAAAAGGUGAGCAAUUGUUUAGUUUUCGCUACCGCCACCUAAGUGCCGAGGAUUUGGACAUUCUAAACGAGCUUCGACCCAGGUUCAAAUUCCCGACACCGCCUAUUGAGAGAAACUUGGUCCGCGCGAACAUCUGCAGCACCUGUCAGCAGCGUCUGCGCAGAGCCCGGAUCUCUCGCCGUCGCCUGGCGGCAGUCAAGUGUUAUACAACCAGCUCUGGAAAUGCGCUGUUAUAUGAUGGUAGCAGCGAUAGUGCUCAUUCGGACGCUGCACUCUACAGCACGCUUUGCCUCGAUAAUCUGGCAAUUGCGCAGCCGCAACUUUCUGCAGUGCGAAGCACUCUGCAGGCCUGUGCAUACAGGCCCUGUGAGAAUAUUGGGGAUUUGCACAGGCCAGGCAUGCUGCACCCCCCAGGGUCUGUCGCUACACUCGCCGGUGGCGGCGCGCAUGAUGUGUGGUUUAGACGCCAGGAAAACAUGUCAAUUUUAAAUGCGCGUGAACCCCCACGCUAUAAGCCGUCCAACCAAUAUCUGGCGGGCCAAGGAAAUGUUGGGGCAGUUGGCAGGCAGACACCUCCCAAGUCUGCCGCCGCAAUGCCGGAAGCACAAUCCGUUCAAAGCGGCAUGCAGCCAUCAGCACCAAAAAUCCUGGAUAGCGGAAGUCAGAUCGAGCCAGAGUUUAACGAUACGGGCAAUUUGGAAACAGACGAGCUUGACAUAACUCAUGUCGACUAUGGCCCACACGCCCUGCCUCCUUCAGCCGGCACGAUGCCAGCACCACCUCAAUUCCGUGUUUUUGAGCGGUCUUCCAAUAUCAACAGACUCAAUGCCGAGCAACAGAACAAUGGCCAAGACGGCCCAGCAUUCAAACAAAGGUAUGUGAAAAUUAAAUUAACCACUUUAAGAGCAAAAUCAUUUUCAGAAGCAUCGAUCGCCCACUUGUACAUUUGAUUUUCUUACCCGACAAACCCCGUUUUAAUUGCGUUGCUGCCGGAACAUUUUUUAAUUGAGGAGACGGUGUCUGCCAUCAGGCCGGAAUAAGCAUGCCUCUUUAAACGAUGGUGGGCACCAACAACUACAAAAUACAAUGACACACAUACGCACACAUACACAAACACAUUAUUUUUUAUAUUUGUUGUUCGGUCUGUGUCUCGCUGACACCUCACCUACAUCCAACAUAUUUUGUCAACAUGCCUUGCGGGUCAAAAAUAAUGUGUACACACUCGACUCGCCUUUUGUUUUGUUUUGUCGUUUUGCAGCGUUUUUUCUAACAAAAGUUUUCUUAAUUUUCGUGUUUUGCUUAAAAUGCUCGAUGGCAUAUCGGCA